AUGAUCAAGAAGAUGAACCCAUCCGAGAAAGAGUUGAACAUCCCGGCCAAGAACUGCCGCAGGAUGGUCAUCCUGGGCUCCACCAAAGUGGGCAAGACGGCCAUCAUCUCCCGCUUUUUGAACGCCCGCGUGGACGAACAGUACACGCCGACCAUCGAGGACUUUCACAGGAAGUUCUACAGCAUCCGCGGUAGCAUUUACCAGUUGGACAUUUUGGACACGUCGGGGAAUCAUCCUUUCCCCGCUAUGAGGAGGCUCUCUAUUCUAACAGGCGACGUAUUCAUUCUGGUCUUCAGCCUGGACAACCGAGACUCCUUCCAGGAGGUGCAGCGCCUCAAGCGUCAGAUCUACGAAACCAAGUCGUGCCUGAGGAACAAGACCAAGGAGAGCGACGAAGUGCCGCUGGUCAUCUGCGGCAACAAAUGCGACCGCGAGUUCCACCGCGAGGUGCAGGAGGACGAGAUCCAGCGGCUGCUGGGCGGCGAGGACGGCCGCCGCUGCGCCUACUUCGAGAUCUCGGCCAAGAAAAACACCAACGUGGACCGCAUGUUCCACACGCUCUUCGCCGCCGCCAAGCUGCCGGACGAGAUGAGCCCCGACCGCCACUGCAAGGUGUCGCUGCAGUCCUCCGAGCUGCUACGCCGAAAGUCCUUCCGCGCCAAGAAGUGCAAGGACGCCUACGGCAUCGUGGCGCCGUUCGCGCGCAGGCCUAGCGUCCACAGUGACUUGAUGUACAUCAAGGAGAAGGCCGUGGGAGGAGCUCAGGCCAAGGAGAAAGGCUGCGUCAUUUGCUGA